CACACUGGCACACAUUGUAAUUAACAUUAAUUGUUUUUAAGCCCCAUAAACAAAGCAAAAUGCCAACAGAAAUAGAGAAUAUCAAUCCCAAUGUCUACGACAAGAUUAAGGAACGUGUGACGACGGCCAAUGAGGAGGAUGAAAACGUGGCAGAUCCCUUCGACAAGCGUGAGAUUUUUGAUCUCAUUCGCAACAUCACUGACCCGGAGCACCCGCUCACCCUGGAGGAGCUGCAUGUGGUGCAGGAGGGGCUCAUCCGCAUCAGCAACAAGCAGAAUUCUGUUUUCAUCAACUUCACGCCCACCAUCCCGCACUGUUCCAUGGCCACGCUUAUCGGUCUGUCCAUACGCGUGAAGCUGCUGCGCUCCCUGCCGCCCCGCUUCAAGGUUACCGUGGAGAUUACGCCCGGGACCCAUGCCUCGGAGCAGGCGGUCAACAAGCAGCUGGCGGACAAGGAGCGUGUGGCCGCUGCGCUGGAGAAUAAGCAUCUAGCCGAGGUUAUCAAUCAGUGCAUCUCGGCCAGAGGUUAAAUAAGCAACCGUGCGUAGCUGUUCCAUGUGGUUUAAGGUAAUACAAAUUAUAUUUUAGCAGCAAAA